CAGAAAAAGUCAAGUUACCUUGGUGCAAUUUAGCGAUUAUCACGGUAGAUUUUUAGUGGCCACUAGUCACUACUUCUCAUAAACCGCUGUUGAACCACCGAAAAAAGACGACACAAGAUGGCCACCGUCACUGCCGCAAGGUCUAUUUACCGAUCAACUUCCGUCCGUAGUGCCGCCGCCAAAUUCGCCUCUGUUGCCAAAUCUGCUCGUUCUCCAUUUCGCGCCUCCUCUGUUAGUAACUCUCUUUCUCGUCGCAUCUUCAGGUGUCCAGUUGAAUUGAGUGCUUGUGUUGAAACAAUGCGGCCAUUUCAUACAGCAACUGCUUCUGCGUUGAUGACUUCUAUGCUGUCGGUCUCUUGCCACACGCACGGUUGGGUUUCGGAUGGAAUAUUCCUACGGGAAUAUUCUUGUUUUGCAGGUAACGCUACCCGACUUGGAUUGGACUUGCUCUACGUGGAACCGGAUACCUCCUCGUCAUUAACCAUUGGAAAAACUCCCACAAAAGGAUGCAACUUAUUUCAGUUAAAAUUUGUCGUUUUCUCGAACAAAUGAAAAAUGCACAGAAAAUACAAUUGUGGUGGGAGAAAACAAGUUCUUGAUGACCUUGUCUCCUUAGCAAACUAAGGAGAUAGCCGUGGUCGAAUCGCAAACGCCAGUUCAGGUUUCCUUGGUUCAAUUGGUAUGCUCACGAAUCAAAGCUACGGAGUACAAUAUUUAACGCGCCCAACGAUUCCUCCUGCUCUCAUUAAGUGGUGGUUGAUAAUUUCUGAGGGUUGAAUUGUUAUUCACAGGAUUCAUGUUUGCUAAAAUAAUGUACUCCAUCCGUUUUACAUUAACUACCGCUUUUAACGAGAUUGAACUUCAACCUCUAUAACCUUUUUAGUUGUUGAUAAGAUGUAGUCUAGCCUUGUUUUUGUUGUUGAUCAAUUAGUAUGAAGUGCCAUCCACAUUCACUA